UACGAGGUUGGAAACAUCACCAGUCUUGUGAAUAUGAAGAAUUACAGAUGUUUGUGAGUGACUUGCUGACAGGGGCCUCAAAACCAGAGGAUCCUCCGUUAGGAACUCGUGCACUUCUCUUAUCUGUUUACUUUUGGAGAAGCACAAACAUCAGUAACAAAGUCAACAGGCAUUCCAGAAAGUGUACUGGUCACCACAGGAAAGACACCACGAAUUCCUGCACUUUCUUCCUCAGGAUGGAACACAUUUUCAAUGUGCUGCUUCUCGGCACAUUUUUUACGCUUGUGACAGCACAAGAAGGCAACGUAUGUUUAAUGCCUGAGUUGGAUGCCAACAUUGAAACAGUGAAUCAGCAGAGGUACUUUGGCCCCGGUGCAGAGUUAGCACUGACUUGUAAACUGGGAUACACGUCCAUGUUGGGCCCUCGGAAAAUUGUAUGUACUGAGAAUGGAGAUUGGACUGGAACCAAAUUCAUGUGCAUUGCAAAACGUUGUCCUUAUCCUGACCCACUGUCCAAUGGAGAACUGCACUAUGAGGAUACGGUGUACCAGAGUAUAAUCAACUAUACGUGUCAUGAGGGGUACACCCUGUCUGGACCCAACACUGUUAAAUGCCAAGCAAAUGGAAGAUGGAGCACAUCAGUACCAGAGUGCAAACCGGUGUCCUGUGGUCUUGCUCCAAUCCCAAAGUUUGGUCUUAUCAGUUUCAACAAGAAGGUCAGCGAAAACACUUAUUUUGGCACCCAUGGGACAUAUAAGUGCCUGCCUCCAUACGUCCUCUUUGGAAACGCUCAUGCAGAGUGCACUGCCAGCGGCAACUGGACCAAGACACCCGAAUGUCAAGUGGUCACGUGCCCUCCACCAGAGAACAUUUUCCAUGGUUACAUGUCCAGCAACGACCAGCGAAAUUACGAAUUCAUGGAGACAGUGCAGUAUGGAUGCAAUGGUGACUAUGUGCUGGAAGGGACCUUCCAAAUUGUUUGCCAGAAGAAUGGAGAUUGGUCUGAAAAACCAGCCUGUAAAGCUCCUUGUAGCGUUGACAUAAAAAGAGGAAGAAUACUGUACAAAGAAAAAAAACUCUGGAUUGCAGACCUCGAGCCAAACAAAGUCUUCCAUAAUGACAUUGUAUCAGUCUACUGCUUGGACAAGGUCAGGAAGUGCGGCUAUGCUGUGUCAACUCAGUGCAUCGAUGGAAAACUAAAAAUCCCUGAAUGCUAUGAAGAGCCAAGCGGAUUUGAGUAUACCUUUCAUUCUGGUUCACUUCCAUCAGAAAUAGAAGAGUGCUGAGAUGAGAGCAGAUCCGUUCUCAGAUGAUGAUUACAUCACUGUAAUACCCAGAGCAAUAUCACAGCAUUGUUCUGGUCGAAAACAAUAAAGUUUUGUUCCACCUGUG